AUGAGCCCAUGGAGGAGGCUGAGCCACAAGAAGAGGAGGAUGAGCUCCCCAUGUACCAAGAGCACUACAAUGCUCUCUUCUCCAUGGACUUUGUGGAACAAGUACCCACAUGAUGACACAAUGAAGGCUCUUGGAAUCUUUGAGGAUGUGGAGCUAGUCUCAAGAACAUGCACUUGGCCAAGUUCUUCUCUCAUGCAUGGAGUCUACAAGGAGCUCACUUGUGAGUUCCUAGCAUCGAUGAGGUACCACAGUAUGAUGAGCUCGAUCGAGCUGACUUGGACCAAGGAUUGGGGAUGGAUCACGUUCUUGGCAAAGGGAGAGAAGAAGAUGGUGACCUUUAGGCAGCUUGAGAUACUGUUUGGGUUCACUAUGGAGAGGGAACUCAUUGGAAUAUCAAGGAGAAUGAGCUCCAAAGCCCAUCAUCUCACGCACAAGGAUGGGAAGAAGAUCAGAGGAGAUAGGGCACACGCAGGAACCUCAUGCUCCUAUCCUCUCGCAGCUGGUGUCCAGCUAAACAAGGAGAAGGCAACUCCAGCUGGUUGGAUGGACAUCAAGUUUGCAAGACCAACCUCCUCAUUGAGCACAAGGAGUUGGAUGGGAGUUCCAAUUCAAGUUCACACACCCCAUUGGCUGGCCCUUCCAAGCUUCUCUGCCCAACCCUGA